AUGGUAGAGACGAAGGUGGGCCUGGAUGCGACGGCAGCGGACAAGGUGCUGCCUUUAGAAGUGGUCGAUGGGCCAAUUAAGACAGAGAUAGCCUUGGCCGGGGCGGGUUUGCGCCCGCUGCUUACGCUUUUAGAUCAUGUCCGGAGAGUCGCAGGGGCUGAGCGCGGGUUGGCUCCGCGCUCGGCGGGGCCAGUGUUACUGGCCCAUCUGCUUCGGGAGCGUGAUUGUUUCCACAAGCUUGUAGCGGAUGUGAUUCUAUCGCAAACGGUUCUGCUGUCACUAAAUGCGCAGGCAACCGCCCCCCCACGGACUCCUCGGAUAUGGCGUCACAACUAG